AUGACAGCGUAUGAACGGCUAAAUAACAAGGAAGAAACGUCAGAAGAAAGUGGAGAAAACAGUAGUGAACAACCACUUCUCCAUAUCACAAAUGAUACUAUAAUUAAUUCCGCAAAUGCGCCUGUUGACUCCAAUGACACUGCCUCGAAUUUUUUGUCCGACUUCCCCGUACUACCUUCUUCGUCCUCCUCAACUUUGCCAACUUACAACACUCCACAAUCGGCCAUAGGAGACCUUGAAUCUCAAACACCGGCGCGCUUAACCGCAAAACAGCGUGUAUUAAGAGUUUUAAACCAUUUGGUGCCUAUUAAACAAACUUAUCAUCGGUUGAAUAAUGGUAUUCACACUGGACGUAUGCAGCAAAAUGUACCAGGCCGGUUUAUUGGUCAGGGAACAGACGGGGUGUUUCAGAAUCUCAUGGCAAAACCAGAUACACAAGCGGUAUUACAACAACGAGAACGUGAGUUGCAUCCACCUACAUACGAAGAAGCCAAUCAAGACGCUAGUCCCGAAUAUUGGGAAUCAACAAUGAUCUCCCCAAUGUAUGAGGAUGAGGUAUUUGUCCAAGGUUUACCAGUAGGGAACAUUGCUAAUUUCAUUUGGAAUGCAUUGGUUACUAUAGCUUUCCAAUUUGUCGGAUUUGUGUUGUGUUACUUGCUACAUACUUCCCAUGGUGCAAAGCAAGGAGCAAGGUUUGGAUUUGGUGUUAAUUUGAUAUUUUUUGGCUGGAAUAUAAUACCUUUGAAUGUGGGUCACCCAAAUGAGAAACCCAAGAAAAUCAUUGUUGAUAAUCCUAAUCAAUUUGACGUUAACAAAAAUGUUAAAAUUACUGGGAAAUUGGAUACCUAUAAUGCUGGCAGCAACGUGUUUGUACAAAAUUCGUCAGGGAAUGAUGACAACGUGGAUAGGUAUGGAAGCGCGCCUUAUAUCGCAUAUGGAGUAAUUGCAUUUGGUUUGUUUAUUAUAAUAAAGAGUGUUGUUGAUUAUUAUAGGGUGAAGCAGUUGGAAAAGGCAAUUUUGAACCCACCCAAUAAUCCUCAUUCCAAUAUCGUCCAAAGUAUUAGUGGUCAAGUUGAUAAUAACGAUAAUAAUAAUAAUAACAAUAAUAACAAUAAUAACGAUAAUGAUAGUGAUAGCGAGAGUGAUAAUAGUGCAAUUCUAGAGAGUAGAUAG